AUGGUGAGAUGGCGCCACCGCCACGUCCCGCCCACGACUGCGCCGCCGCUCCCGGCCCCGCCGCGCCUCCUCCCAGCCGCAGCCAAUCAGCGCCGCCUCUCCCAGCGCCGCCACGCCUCCUCCCAGCCGCAGCCAAUCAGCGCCGCCUCUCCCAGCCCCGCCACGCCUCCUCCUAGCCUCAGCCAAUUAACGCCGCCUCUCCCAGCGCCGCCACACCCUGCUGCCAGCUGCAAGCAAUCUGAGCCGCCGCUCCCUGCCCCGCCCCGCCCCCUGCCAGCUCCAGCCAAUCAGAGCCGCCGCUUCCGGCCCAGCCACGCCUUCUCCCGGCCGCAGCCAAUCAGCGCUGCCGCUUCCGGCCCAGCCACGCCUUCUCCCAGCCUAUCUGCGCCGCCGCUGGGCGAGGACUCCCUCCCCCAGGGCCACCGCGGGCCGGCAGGGGGCGCCGCGGCGCCGCGCCCUGAGGGCUUGGCGUGCUGCGCCCCGCGCGGGGCCGUCGGCAGCGCCGCCAGGGCAGCGGCCUCCCGAGAAACGCACACAGCUGGGAGCUCCACCCAAGAGACCCUGAAAAACUUCCAGGAAUGGUGA